GCUACCGCUCAAAGUUUUGACGUGCACCACAACUGGUUCUGUGGCUGUGCGGGGUAUAAGACGAGGGUGAGCACGCAGCAGAGACUCAGAGCUCCUCAGCGCAGCAAGAGCGAAGGGUCUGUCUGCAGGGAGACAGGACUGGAGAACUUAAAGCUCAUCAGCACUGAAGACACCUGAGAUUUUAUUUGACCUCUCCAAAUUCGAGCUCCCGGGCCGGCCGGACAGGAGCAAACCCGAACCCGAGGCCAAGGCGCGAGGAUGAACCCCAGGGCGCUCUGCCUGCACGCGCACCUGCUCCUCCUGCUGAGCCCCGUGCUGGGGGGCGCAGAGCGAGGGGGUGCGUUGGCGUGCCUGUCCGGACACGCCACCGAUAUCAGCUGCUCCUUCAACGAGACGAACGUCUGCGAUUCGAUCCGGGACUGCAACGUGACGGCCGGGGCGUGCGGACUCUUCCCCGGCUACACGCGAGUGGAGUGCCGGGUCACCUAUGAUGGUGAAGGACAAGACUGCAUUAAUGUAACCAUGGGGAAGGACUCCAAAUGUUACAACGGUGGGAAGAAAAUCGCCAGUCAAGCUGAAGGCCCCGCCUGCAUUAAAGCUGGCAGCCUGCAGUGCACACAUGUGUUUGUCCAGCAAGAUUUGGGGUGCAACCACGACGGUCAUACUGAUUUCCCAUCCUGCUCUUUUCUCCCUCAUGGGAGUGAGGGGGGAUCUCUAUCAGACUGGAGUCUUUCGGUCGGAGUGAUUGUUGGCGUGUUGGCUGUCACCAUUGUGGCUGGAGUUCUGGUACGUUUCCGAGGUCGAGGGAUCGAAUACAACACUGGGUCUGGAAAUACAGGCGACAGAAAAGGACAAGCAGUUUCUGUUUUUCCCCAGGGGGGACCUGGAAAGUUCAGUAGGGAGCGAAGAUCCACUGCAAGCUGGUGACAUGUGAAGGUCCGGACUGCCGGAGAGGCUGUUAAACUGAGACUGAGACGCUUGCUGUCCUGCAGAAUUGUUAUUCCCUGUAACUGUUCCUUUUGACAGUGUCCUGCUGUGAGUUUUCUGCUUUGUGACUGUUCCAGCACACUCCUCACAGAUGGAGAAAAUGCUGUUCUGUAUUGCCUUUCAGCCAUGUGUAUAGAAUUGAGAAACCGUCCUGCUGAGCGGGCUGAGAUCUGGGUCCACAUUCACUCCAGUGCUGAAGUGUGAAACCUCAGAGCUGUUUAAUCAAGGAACUCUGGGAAGAGAACGCGCACGGUGCGGUAUAGCCCUCUGGUGUGAGCGAGCUGUCGUGCGUGAAAGCACAGUGCGUUCGUGGGCUGCCCUCUGCUGGUAGACAGCAAGGUGGUGCAGCUGAGUAAACCGCGUAGUGAAUAACUCGGGAGCCCCGAGUCCGAAUCGCUCUUGUCUUCUGGAGCACAACCUUAGAACAGGGAGACAUUCCCCACAUACACGCACAAAGCAUCCCUCAACAGCACUUUUUUUUCUUGCUCCUGUGUUAAUGUGGAUAAUGGAGCUGUAUUUUUUAUUUUGUUUUGAUGGUUGUUGUAUUUAUUGGGUUGAACGCACAGCUUGUUGUUCCUCUCUCUGAGCACUGCGGCUGCCCGCAAUCCUGCGUCGGUUCUUACUGUUUCAGGACCUCCUGCGCCAGCAGGGGGCAGCGCAGCGUGGUGGGCACGUCUCCGGACUCACAGCAGGGGAGAUAGCGGUCCGUUUGUCAGGCUCACAUCGAAAUGCCCACCUGAACUACACCUGGACAGGGACUCUCUUCUUUAACUGGGAGAGUUAACUUAGUCUUCAGUGGGCUUAGCAGCCACCUGGAGCUUGACUGAAGCUGCUAUCUGCCCCUGGACUGAGAGCACAGCCUCAGAGCCCCACACAGCGCUGGGUCUCCUUCCUCAGUCCCUCUCGUCUGCCUUCAAUGAGACACGGGUACUUGACUCGGUCUUCUCUGUUUACUCUUGCACAAUGUCUUUGUUAAUUGAGCCUACUGAUGUUGCAAUAGUUCUUUUAUUUUUUUUGCCGUAACCGUCUGCACUGUCAGCCUCGUGUUUCAGGUGGGGGAUAACGAGGGGGAUGCGGGUGCGUUCUAUUUUACACUCGGUCUAGGGCGAGGCUCUGUGUGUCGGCGCUGGUGAUUGGACUCGCGCCCCCUCCAGGCGAGAGCAGUCACGGCCCGUCAUUCUGCACUGCACCCUGGGAACCCAUACUAGGCUCCGUUCUGCCAUCCUGACUCGGGUGAUCCGAUGGGAAGCAGCAGAGUGACUGAUCAGUGGCUGUUCACAGGACUGACCACGAGGAGCCCGGUGCAGACAGUUAAAAAACAAUGUGAAUAUGGGUCUCUGUCCUGUCAGGGGAUUUGUGAUGGUGCCCAUGCGGCUGUAUCUCAGGGAACGGCUUUGGUUGUUUGAGGCGUAGAGAUAUUCAGGAUGGAAUUAUGCGUGACAAACACGAUUGCGGAACAGGAUGUGUUACCUUUUACUGGGACUAAUUUUGUUUGCAUUCACUUUGAAAUAGGAGUGUUUCUGCUCUUGGUAUCUUCUGCAUUCUGGCUGUGUGAAGCGCCCGGGGAGAGAUCUUACUCGGAAGAAGGUGUUAGAUAUAGUAUAGAAAUAGGUGAACGUAAGGACACAAGAUUGACUCUAAUACAGUGAAAAUCUGUAAAUAAAUGAAGUGUCAAUGAGUACUGUACUCAGGGUAGCACUGUGACUUAAUUACCCUCUUCCUGUAACUGGAUAGUACCUGUUUUUUUAGUUAAUAAAGCACAUAUUACACUAA